GCGCUAGUCGCCAAGCAUCGGGUGCUUCACCACCUAAAGGCGCUAGUCGCCAAGCAUCGGGCGCUUCGUCGCCUGAAGGCGCUAGUCGCCAAGCAUCGGGUGCUUCGCCACCUAAAGGCGCUAGUCGCCAAGCAUCGGGCGCUUCGCCGCCUAAAGGCGCUAGUCGCCAAGUAUCGGGCGCUUCGCCGCCUAAAGGCGCUAGUCGCCAAGCAUCGGGCGCUCCGCCGCCUCCAGGCGCUAGACGCCAAACACCAGGCGCUAGUCGCCAAGCAACAGGCGCUCCGCCGCCUCCAGGCGCUAGUCGCCAAAUACCGACCCCGCAGGGCGCUGGCCGCCAGGAACCCUACGUUCUACUAGAAGAAGACACUUCCUUGCCGACUAAGAGGACUCGUCCAGGAACGCCAGAGAUCCUCGAGGGUAUUGAAGAUUUCCUGGACUUUCCAGACCUUCUCUCUCCAUUACCGGCAAAUCCGAGGAAAGAGGCCGCUACUCAGACCGAGAGACGCCAAAUGGAAGCAGCCACGCAGACCAAAAGAAGAGGAGGAAAAAAAU